CAUCCUGGCUGGCUUACAUACACCUGACCGCUGUUCCAUUCCAGCAGUGAUGCAAGGCCAAACGCCACUGCAGUUGGGAUUGCUUUGAAGCAAAGCAGAUCUCUCUCCAAAGCCUGUUCAUGCCUCUUUUGCCUCUCUCUGUCACUCUUGGGUUGUGGUUCCUGUUCUUCUUUGCAUACCUGCCUCUGACUUGGGUUCAGCGUCUGUAACUAAAAGGUAAGUGUUUGGGAUCUGGGAAUGCCGUGCCCUCUGGAGCAGUUGCUAAAGGAAGAGGAAAUACUCUCCGAGUAACUUUGUGCGAUGGAUUAAAGCCAUAGUCGUUUGGAAUGAUGCUGCCCACGGGCUACACAAGAGACUCAGAGUUGUGUUUUGCGCCCCACAGGCAAGGACUGUAGCUGUGCCAGCCGGUGUCUCUCCUCCAAUGCCGGUCAAGGGAAGGAGCUCCCCUCAGCCCUGCAAAGAGACACCUCAUGCCCUCGGUCGGCCAGAGGGGCCUCAUUUCCCUACCUUUCCAGGAGCUUCUCCUUUAUCUAGCUUAGCUGACUGCCCUUUGUGUAGCUGUCCCACACAGGACCAGUCUUCACCGCUCCCCUCUCUACUGCUGUGGCAUCAUCUUUCCAAGCUUGAUGAUGGGGAUUCUUGCCAACCCCAAGGCCACUGGAGGCCGGCUGUGAACUUCCAAAUGGCGUGCCUUAUAGGCCGUGGACCGACUGCAUGCACGAGGGUGCCGCUGAGUGAUCGGAGAACUGGCUGAUUGUUCCCGGCAGCCUCUUUCUGCCUGCCUCAGGAUUUUGGAGGGCCUCCCCAACCCCCCGCCCCCUCCCUCUCACCAUGUUCCUCCUGCUGCCAUUUGACAGCCUGGUGGUGAACCUGCUGGGCAUUUCCCUGACUGUCCUCUUCACCCUGCUCUUGGUCUUCAUCAUUGUGCCAGCCAUCUUUGGAGUUUCCUUUGGCAUCCGUCGGCUCUACAUGAAAACUCUGCUGCAGAUCUUCCAGUGGGCAACGCUGAGGAUCGAGCGUGGUGCCAAAGAGAAGAACCACCUGCUUUAUAAACCCUAUGUCAAUGGCAUCAUUGCAAAGGAGCCCACUUCGCUGGAGGAGGAAAUCAAGGAGAUCAGGCGCAGCGGGAGCAACAAGGCCUUGGACACGCCGGAGUUUGAGCUCUCCGAUAUCUUCUAUUUCUGCCGCAAGGGCAUUGAGACCAUUAUGGAUGACGAGGUGACCAAGCGCUUCUCGGCCGAAGAGUUGGAAUCUUGGAACCUGUUGAGCAGAACCAACUAUAAUUUCCACUACAUCAGCUUGCGCCUCACAGUCUUGUGGGGUCUGGGUGUCUUGAUCCGCUACUGCAUCUUGCUGCCACUCAGGGUAGCCCUGGCUUUCACUGGCAUUAGCCUCUUGGUGACAGGCACAACCAUGGUGGGCUACUUGCCCAAUGGAAGGUGCAAGGAGUUCCUGAGCAAGCACGUGCACCUGAUGUGUUACCGGAUUUGUGUGCGAGCCCUUACAGCCAUCAUCACUUACCACCACCGGGAGAACAGACCCCGCAAUGGAGGAAUCUGCGUGGCUAACCACACUUCCCCGAUUGAUGUCAUAAUCCUGGCCAGCGAUGGCUACUAUGCGAUGGUGGGCCAGGUUCACGGAGGGCUGAUGGGGGUGAUCCAGAGGGCGAUGGUGAAGGCUUGUCCUCACGUCUGGUUUGAACGCUCGGAAGUGAAGGACCGCCACCUCGUGGCCCGAAGACUGUCAGAGCAUGCGCAUGAUAAAAAUAAGUUGCCCAUCCUGAUUUUCCCUGAAGGCACUUGCAUCAACAACACCUCAGUGAUGAUGUUCAAGAAAGGGAGCUUUGAAAUCGGUGCCACCGUUUAUCCCGUUGCCAUCAAGUACGACCCCCAGUUUGGAGACGCCUUUUUCAACAGCAGCAAAUACGGCAUGGUGACCUACCUGCUGAGGAUGAUGACCAGCUGGGCCAUCGUCUGCAGCGUCUGGUAUCUCCCUCCAAUGACCCGAGAGCCCGAUGAGGAUGCGGUGCAGUUUGCCAAUCGUGUGAAAUCGGCCAUUGCGCGGCAGGGGGGCCUGGUGGACCUUUUGUGGGACGGUGGCUUAAAGAGGGAAAAGGUGAAGGACACAUUCAAGGAGGAGCAGCAGAAGCUCUACAGCAAGAUGAUUGUGGGCAACCACGAGGAUCGGAGCCGCUCCUGAGUUUCCCCACGGCUGGCCGGAGGCUCCCGCGGCUCAGAACUCUUUCCGGGGCCAGUCUUCCUCUUAAGGCUUUGGACACAUUUCGUUCCGUAGCCUGCCUCUCCAUGGUGCUGGCCAGUGGCUACUGAGAAAAAAGGCCUUGUCCUCAAUCCCUGUGGUUUCCCUCACUGGCCAGGCAGCAGCAGCAGCAGCUGAGAACUAGACAUCCCAGUGGAGGUGGUAGCAUGGGAUGCCCUGCCUUGUGCCUCCUCCUCCGCCGCCUGAGCUCUGCAGGAGCCUCUCUCUCUCUCUCUCUGCGUGCGGCGUCCGUGCAUGCAUGCCUGUGCCAGAUGCGCCAGCCUGGUCCUGGAUGCCAGUGAUGGAGGUGCCUCCUGCAACGCCCUUCCUCUCUUGGGGAAAGGCACAACCCCCCCCCCCCACUCUUUCUUGUGUCCUUUCCUCACUCUUCUGCCCCUCUUCCCUGGAAAAAAAGAACUGACUUCAGUUGCAUGGGUUCACUUUGCAUUUUAUAAUUAAAUGAUAUAGAGGAA